AAACAGUUGAUGGGGAACUCCUGAGCUAACUUACGGGGACACCCUGAUUCUCACCCUGCAAAAGAUAUGUUGGGAGAAUGGAAGAAGGAAAACGAGAGCACGGAUGAGGAAUCAUCUGAGUUGAUUUGGGGCUGCACAAAUGCACAUUACAGGGACUACUGAACAUGGGAGACAGAGCACAGGUUGGAAUGUUGAUAGCUUUCUUAAAAACACACAGUGGUAUUUCAUUGGAUGCGAUGGGAAUUCUAUGUAUAGAAAAGUUGAUUUAUUUAUUUCUAGGGGGAAGGGUGUUGAUCCACCCUCCGGAGCAGAACGUGGCGGUAAUGCGCCAACAAGACUAAUACCAACUGCCAUAAACCUAAAAAAGAAAAAGAAGAAGAAGAAGAUUACGUCAUGGCUAAAAUGGCAGCCUCCAUGGUGGAGAGUGGGGAAGACGCUUUUAGAAAAAUAUUCAAGUUUUAUAAGAGAAGAAACCCUCCUCCAGAUUUCAGCAAUGUCAUUGACUUCUCCAGAGGUGUACCGAGUGACCAGGUAGUCCCGGCUAUACUGGACCCAGAUGGAGUGAGUGAUGGGGAGGCAGCCAGGGUUGGAUUACUGCCUGUCAGAGACUGGAGAGCCUUUGGCCUGCAGGGCUACCCAGGUUUCAUGUUUAUCUGCAACCCGUUCCUGCGGGGCUCCAAACCCUUCUGGGUCAGACAGUGUCUGAAGGUCUACCCUCAAAAGCCCAACACCUGCAACCUAGACAUGCACAUGUCUCCCUCUGACACCGAGGACAUUUGGGACAAGAGUGUUCUCAGCCUUACGUCUUCUCCCUCUGGAAAGACACGAGCAAAGACUCUACUUGAGAAGCUGCGCUGGGUUACUCUGGGAUAUCAUUACAACUGGGAUACCAAGACUUACUCUGCCAGCCACUACACUCCUUUUCCAGUUGAUCUCCACACGCUGGCCUUUCAAAUAACAUCGGCAUGUGGCUUCCCAGGCUUCAACGCUGAGGCUGGAAUCCUCAACUACUACCGCUCUGACUCCUCCCUGGGAAUCCACGUGGAUGAAUCCGAGUUAGAUCACAGCCCACCUCUGCUGUCCUUCAGGUUUGGGACGGAAAAGGUCUUCAUUAUCUACAGAAAAUACUACCAACUCCACCAACUCCUGUUUUCUUUUCCAAUAGUUUUGGGAAUUCCGCUAUCUUCCUUUUGGGAGGCACCCGCAGACAGGACCCCCCGACUGCUAUGUACAUGCACUGUGGGGACGUGA